AUGCUUUCCCCUGAUGUUAGAGGUCUUUAUCUCCCUAACAAUGAUGAGCUUAUAAACUGUCAGUUUGCUGAUGAUACUGCCUUAUUUUUUGAGCUUUCCAACAAUAACUUUGUAGCCUUGCAAACCAAACUUACUUUGUUCUGCUCUAUCUCUGGUGCUCGUAUUUCCCAAUCCAAAUCCAUCUGCCUGGGGUGGGAAGAGCAACCUCCUAUUUGGUUCAAUCAAUAUAACUUCCAAUGGGGUAGACCUCAUAAGAUUGUUAAGUAUUUAGGUAUCCCCUUCUCUGUUGAGCCUUCCCUCAAAGACAUGUGGUCUUGGAUUAAGGAAAAAAUUGAUAAGAAGCUAAAUAAGUGGCAUAACAGAUCUUUAUCUCUUGCUGGCAGAAUUCAGGUUUGUCAAAAAAUGUUGUCCUCAUAUAGCAUAUACUACUCCUCUGCUUGGAUGUUCAGUAACUACCAAAUUUUGAAAAUUCAAAAGGCCAUUUGGAGCUUCCUCUGGUCUGAUGGUAAAGGCAAUAGAAAAAGGCAUGCGGUCAAAUGGGACUGGUGUCAUACUGACAAACUCCUUGGGGGGUUGGGGCUUAAAGACCUUAAAACUCAAGGUAUUGCUUUAUCCGCCAAAUGGAUCUUUCAUUCUAUGGAUGGGAACGAUCCAUGGAAGGUGCUGGUUAGGCAUAAUAUUGUAAGAGGCUUUCCUAAAAAAGCUAGAUCUUGGAGGAAUCUCCCAUUUUGUGACUUAAUUGUUGGCAACUUCCCAGUCAAUGUCCAAGGCUCUGUUGUUUUCAGAUCCAUCUGGAGAGCCUGGGACCAUGUCAGGAAUUUUAUCACCAAUAAGGAUUUCCAUGAUGCUAAGCAUCUAUAUGGUGAAAGAUCCAUUUGGUGGAACUUGCACUGGGCUGGUAAACCCCUGGCCCUUUCCCAAGGAUGCUCUGCUAGGUUGUGGGCUAAACUGGGGAUCUCCCAGCUUGCCAAUCUUUUUGAAAAUGAUAAACUCAUCAAUUGGGAUGAGCUCAAGAACAGAUUCAAUAUUUCAGACUCCCAAAAGAAGACUUAUAAUAUGAUUGUCAAGGCUACUAAGGACCUGCCCUCUGACUGUCAUGUGGACUCUCAUAGAUACUUAAAGUGCAAAUGGCCGGAUGGGGUCAUCAUGGUUAAUCUCAAAGCCAAGAAUAUCUAUAGAAUCAUUGAUCAUAAUGAAAAUAUUAUUAAUCAUAUCAAUACUGUUUGGUACUCUUCUCUUGAUGCUGUGUCUUGGAAAAAGUAUUUUGAUAUUCUCUGGAAAGGCCCUGUUGAGCCUAAAAUCAGAUGUUUUAGGUGGCUGAUUAUACUUGACAGACUCCCUAUUAGACAAGAUGGUCACACUACUGACAUUUGCAGUCUCUACAAGCUUCCUGAAACGGGUAGACAUAUCCUCUUUGAUUGCAUCUUUGCUAAAGAAAUAUGGAAUAUGUUUGGUAUUUUUUAUCCUUUAAAUGUGAACAUUCUGGAAAUUGUUACUGGUCAUAUUGAUGGGCUUAAAAAGGAUGCUAAUUUAUUUUGGAAUAUGCUGUCUUCUAACAUCCUCUGGCAGAUUUGGAAGUGUAGGAACGAGGAAAGGUAUCAAAGCAACCCUAGAGUUCUUACUGAGUUUUUUCAAAAACUCACCUUUUUAAAAAUCUUUCUGCAGGUCCACACAACAAUGAUGAUGGAGAAAGACAAGUUGAGAAGAUUCUUGAAAGAUGGGCACGCCAUUGUUUUUGUCUAUGAGCUAAAGCAUGGUCACGAGUGGAGGAGGAACUUCGAUGACCUUCAAAUGUUUGAACGAACUUGCAAAAGGCUGAACCAAGAGAUCAGGAAGAAUAUUAAUUCAAGGAAAAAUGAGAUAUUCAUGCUUACACAAAUCCGGGAGUGUAAGAUCAUAGUUUGGAUGGAGGGUCCUCUUGGUUGGAUUGCUUGGGUUGAUACCCAUUAUGAUGUCUUACACUAG